GAGUAUGUCACAUACGUGGCUCUGAGGUGUGUGGCACCCGAGUCGAGACCGAAAGUUAGUCGCGACUCUCAAGAUGUAUGUAUUAAAGCGUGAAAAGAAGGACGAAGAAGACGGGGGCAGUAAUCCGUUCAGCAACCUCGAGAAGACGUCAGUACUUCAAGAGGCACGCACAUUUAACGAGACUCCAGUUCACCCAAGGAAAUGUGCGGAGAUACUAACCAAGAUCCUCUACCUGUUGAAUCAGGGGGAAGUCCUUGGGACGAGGGAGGCCACGGAUGCCUUCUUCGCCAUGACCAAGCUGUUCCAGUGCCGUGACCCGGUGCUCCGGCGCCUGGUCUACCUGGGCAUCAAGGAGCUCUCCAAGGUUGCCGAGGACGUUAUCAUUGUGACCAGCAGUCUAACCAAGGACAUGACUGGAAAGGAGGACCUGUAUCGUGCUUCAGCGAUAAGGGCCCUUUGCAAGAUCACUGAUAGCAGUAUGCUUCAGGCCAUCGAGCGUUACAUGAAGCAGGCCAUUGUGGACAAGAACCAUGGGGUGUCUAGCGCUGCCUUAGUCUCAUCGCUGCACCUGAUGUUUGUCAGCCCGGACGUGGUGAAGCGGUGGGUGAACGAGGCGCAAGAAGCGGUCAACUCGGACAACAUCAUGGUUCAGUUCCACGCCCUGGGCCUCCUCUACCACAUUCGCAAGAGUGACCGAUUGGCAGUCUCCAAACUGGUCUCCAAGUAUGCACGGUCAGCUCUCAAGUCACCCUAUGCAGUCUGUAUGCUGAUCCGAAUUGCGAGCAAGCUGAUUGAAGAAGAUGGCGUUGGACCCGAAAGCCCCAUGUUUGCAUUUGUGGAAAGCUGCCUGCGGCACAAGAGCGAGAUGGUCAUCUACGAGGCAGCGCAUGCCAUCGUCAACCUGCGGUCCACCACCACGCGAGAGCUCACGCCGGCUGUGUCUGUGCUCCAGCUCUUUUGCAGCUCGCCCAAGCCCACGCUGCGUUUUGCAGCUGUCCGCACCCUGAACAAGGUGGCAAUGGCACACCCGGCAGCAGUGACGGCAUGUAAUCUCGACCUUGAGAAUCUGAUCACAGACGUGAACCGGUCCAUCGCAACACUGGCCAUCACGACGCUGCUCAAGACGGGCAGCGAGAGCAGCAUAGAGCGCCUCAUGAAGCAGAUCACCUCCUUCAUGUCGGACAUCUCGGACGAGUUCAAGAUUGUCGUCGUCCACGCCAUUCGGUCACUGUGCCAAAAGUUUCCCCGCAAGUUGCUGGUGCUGAUGACGUUCUUGGCGUCAAUGUUGCGCGAUGAGGGCGGCUUCGAGUACAAGAAGGCCAUUGUGGACACAGUCAUUCACAUCAUUGAGGACAACCCAGAGGCUAAGGAUGUUGGGCUGUCACACCUGUGUGAAUUCAUUGAGGACUGCGAGCACACAAGCCUGGCAGUGCGAAUCCUCUGCCUGCUUGGCCGCGAGGGACCCCAGGGAUCCACGCCGUCCCGCUACAUCCGCUUCAUGUACAACAGACUCAUCCUGGAGAACGCCCCGGUGCGUGCCGCUGCGGUGAGUGCCCUGGCGAAAUUUGGUGCGCACUGCGACGACCUGCUGCCUAACAUCCUGGUGUUGCUCGAGCGCUCGCUCCUUGACACUGACGACGAGGUGCGCGACCGGGCUGCCUACUUCCUUCAUGUUCUGAGGCAACGACAGAAGCCCCUGGGCACUCGCUACAUUCUCGACGGACUGCAGGUGUCUAUAGUAGGCCUUGAGAAGGCGUUGCAGCACUACGUUGCUGAGCCAGGUGAUGUUCCGUUCGACAUCAACAGUGUACCCAUCGCCACACAGCCCAUCGAGAAGAAGGCGCAAGCAUCUAUUGUGGCAGCUGGUACCUUUGGACAGGCUGUACCUAAGGGCAAACCGGACAAAGUGGCUGCAUCUAGACAAGAUCUGUAUGCAGAACAACUGGCCAACAUUCCCGAGCUUGUGGCUCUCGGCCUGGGCCCACUGUUCAAGUCCUCACCUGCCGUGAGCCUCACAGAGUCUGAAACUGAGUACGUCGUCAAGUGCAUCAAACACGUCUACAGCAGGCACAUUGUAUUACAGUUCGAUUGUACCAACACACUCAACGACCAGAUUUUAGAGCACGUGCGCGUAGCUGUGGAGCCAGCAGAAGGCUUCCAUGUUAUCGCAGAGGUGUCCUGUCCCAAGCUGGCUUACAAUGUUCCUGGGACGGCGUAUGUCUGCCUUGAAAUGGAGCUCGAAGACCCUCUCCUGGUCGCAGGAACAUUCAGCAACACGUUGAAGUAUCUGGUCAAGGACUGUGACCCCAACACUGGUGAACCUGAUGAUGACGAAGGUUACGAGGAUGAGUACGUGCUGGAAGACCUUGAGGUAACAGUGGCAGAUCAUGUACAGAAGGUUCUCAAGGCCAACUUUGCCGCCUCCUGGGAAGAGCUUGGCAAUGACAACCAAGUGGAGGAUACCUAUGCUCUCAGCACAAUGAAGACAUUGCAAGAUGCUGUGCAGCAGAUCAUCCAGUUCCUGGGCAUGCAAGUGUGCGAACGCUCGGACAAAGUGCCCGACGGCAAGAGCGCGCACACGCUACUCUUGGCUGGCGUCUAUCGGGGCGGCCAUGACGUCCUGGUGCGGGCACGGCUGGCAACCACAGGCAUUGCGCAAGGUGUCACCAUGAACCUCGCUGUGCGAAGCAAAGACCCUGAUGUCUGCCAGGUUAUCAUCUCCGCGGUUGGAUAGGCGAAAAGAAAAAGAGGAAAGGACUAGCGUUUAGACUUUUUUUUUUUCUCUCUCUCUUGCUUUCUCUGUGGCGCCUACGAAGGAUUCCACUCGGUGACCGUCGCACCUCUUGCUGCCGUUACAUUCGACGUGAGUGCAAAUUCAGCCAGAAGUGCGAAAAGGCUAUGCCUGCAAAAAAAGAAACCUGGCAUCUCUCGGAGCUGUGUGGAAGACUGGCUUUCUUGUAGAGAUUGUUUUACAUUCCUAAAUGCUUUCCGUUUCUGUCAUGCGUCGAGUGUGCAACAGUUUUUCUUUUUGCAGUAAUGUUUCUACAUUGCAGCAUUUUCGUGUUCCGUGCAUUUAUGAAAGAAUGUCUUGCCGAGAAACCUCCAGAGUAGUAGAUGGCAUGUAACGUCCCUGCAGCCAUCUUUGUAUUUAAAUUAGUGUACUUUCACUGAACAUUUAAGUUGCAAACCUGAAAUGAGCAUGCCGAAAUUUAUGCAGCUCUGUGCUGGCGUUAGUGGUUUAACAGCAUGGCAAUCGUGAUGGCAUCAAUACAAGCCAUCUGCGCACGUUUUUUUGGUAUGCUUUCUUUUCUUUUUCUUUUUUAACUUUAUGGCCCACAUAUGCUGAACAUUUCGUGAUCCUUUUAGCAAUGCACACUGUAGCAUAAAAAGCAAUUACAGAAAAGUUAAUUGCUAAAGUUACGGCGAUUGGCCGCUCAUGCCAUCACAUUUACUGUCCGUUCAGCUACAAGGGGUGCAAUACAGUCUAAGCAGCAAGGUGAGAGCCUGGUUCAUUUCCUUCCAGUUAAGUAAUUCGAUGCCAGUGCCUGCCGAUAAUUUUCAUGUUUGUUGUUCGAAAGCAGAAGCGAGGCUUUCCUGCAAGCGUAGCAUACUUUGAACAAGCACGAUUAACCAGAGCAGUACUGGCCUGGACUUCGUGCUCUUGCAACCCUAAGGAAACCUCAUUCCCCCCCCCCACCCCCUUUUUUUUUCUUGUCCUGGCUUGUUGAAAAUUGGCUGCCAAUAUGGUUGUGUGGCCAAUAAAUGUACAUAUAUAGGCUGACCUGGCUGCUGAACAGGGCUUUUCUCAUCUGUCGACGAGACGACAAUUUUUUUUUUCUUUGAAGAACUGUAAUGCCUGAAGUAAAACGAAGUUGUCAUAUA